AUGCAGGGCUUCAUAGCUUCAAUAAGAAGGUUGACUGACCGGUUUCAGCAGCAGUGCUCUGGUGUGAUCAUGUUGUGCAAUUUCUACGAAGAAGGUGAACAGUCGUGCGAAGAAUUCUGGCCAACUGAUGCUGGUGGUUACAAAUAUUACGGAAAAAUGUUUGUGAACAACAAGAGAAUAGACCACCAGGAUCAGUACGACGUCUACACACUCGAAGUAUUACCCGACGGUUGCUCGAAUUCAAUAUUAACACGCCUUGCUCAUUGUACUACAUGGCCUGAAAAGCCCGGUCCAGUCACACUUCUCUGCAGCGCCGGCGUUGGUCGAACCGGUACAUUCGUUGCUAUAGACGCUGUUUGUACACGACUUUUCAAAGGAUACGAAGGAAAUGUAAAAGAUAUUGUAUUGGAGCUACGACGACAGCGAGCAUACUGUAUACACAACGAACUGCAGUACUUCUUUGUUUACUCUACCGUACUCGAUUACAUUAGGGUAAGCCCGAAGUUGAUUCGAAUGAAGCACCUCGCAAACACACAUCUGCGUGCUUGCGUAGGUGUAGUAUAUGCAUCGCAGCAAUGA